UAAGCACAUUCAGCCUGGCCUGCCCAGUCCUCUUCCUGCCAUCCCCCAGCAGAUUUAGCUGCUGACAGCUGCUUGGGACUUUGCUGCCAAGCCCUGGCCCAGACUGCUGCCUCUUCUCUCUUUCAGUGACUCCCCAGCCACAGCCCCUCCAUGGCCCAGAAAACAGAGGACGCUGAGGCUUCUGCGCCUGCCUCCCAGAAUGGCGAGGAUCUGGAGAACCUGGAUGACCCAGAGAAGCUGAAGGAGCUGAUUGAACUGCCACCCUUUGAGAUCGUCACAGGGGAGCGGCUGCCUGUCAACUACUUCAAGUUCCAGUUUCGGAAUGUGGAGUACAGUUCUGGCAGGAACAAGACCUUCCUCUGCUAUGUGAUUGAAGUGCAGGACAAGGGAGGCCAAGUGCAGGCAUCCCGGGGAUACCUAGAGGACGAGCAUGCAACUGCCCAUGCAGAAGAAGCCUUCUUCAACACCGUCAUGCCAACCCUAGACCCAGCCCUGCGGUACAACGUCACCUGGUACGUGUCCUCCAGCCCCUGUGCAGCUUGUGCUGACCGCAUCAUCAAAACCCUUAACAAGACCAAGAACCUGCGCCUGCUCAUUCUGGUGGGGCGCCUCUUCAUGUGGGAGGAGCCCGAGAUCCAGGCUGCUCUGAAGAAGCUGAAGGAGGCUGGCUGCAAACUGCGCAUCAUGAAGCCCCAGGACUUCGAGUACAUCUGGCAGAAUUUUGUAGAGCAGGAAGAGGGCGAAUCCAAGGCCUUUGAGCCCUGGGAGGACAUUCAGGAGAACUUCCUGUACUACGAGGAAAAGUUGGCUGACAUCCUGAAGUAGGCAAUUGGGCACAGCCUCACGUUUGCCUGCUGCUAGGAGACAGCAGUGACAGGUAUGGCCAUCUGGGACAUGCCUGACCUCCUAAUACCACUUGGAGCUGGACACCAUUCGACACCAACCAAUCCUGCUGCCCAAGACCCUAUGAGGAUUCAAAAUACACUUCUCAUGCUGUAAAUCACCUUAGCUGUGCAUCUUUCUCUAAGGCUGCUCUCAGGAAAAAAAAGUGAACUGCGAGAAAUAGCAACCAAAGAUGAGCACCAGGCAUCAUGGGGCUGAGGGUUCUAACCAUUCCCCAAAAUGGGCUGCUUAAGGCAGAGCCUCAGACCCAAGAUCUGUGCAGAUCUUUGAAAUAUGUCCGGAAAUGCAUUUGUGUUUUUUCUAAAGAAAAAUAAGCAGCAACAAUAAAAGAAAUGGUGUGCUUUUUCUGCGACCAGGUUUUUUAAGGAACUUGGACAUUUAGAACUCUGGACAGUGAUCAAGUCCCAAGAAUAGGGUUUCCCAAGCCAGGAACCAAACCACACAUAAAAUGGAGGGAGAUUUAAACCGGGACUUGUUUAGGCAACCCAGGAUGCUCUCUCAUGUAGACUUCUCAUCCUGGUCUUGACCUCCGCAAAACGUUUUCUUCUGAGAUUCCUCGAGUGCCUUUUGCCUUCUCUAAAGACAAAGUAUAUGAUAGAGGGUAAGACAAAAGGUGUGAAAAAUCUGUAUAUAAAAUAUCCAUGUCCCAACAUCCAAUUAAUAAACAAUUAGCCUCUUGAUUAAUCAGAGGUGAGAAGUAGGAGCAUUUCAAUGUUCAGAUACACAAUUUAAGGGUAGACAACAUGUGAUACUUGAUAGUGAUGGCAGGCUGAUGUAGAAGUCUCAUUUCUUAAGAGGUUUCAGUUCUAUAGAAGUAAAAUUUCACAUGUGAA